AUGGAUAAAUCUGUUUUAUUGGAAAUGCAACUUAAAGAAGCGCUAGAUAGAGAGACAAAUUUAAAAAAACUAAAUGAGUCAUUAAUGAAAGCAAUGGGAGAUAUAUCUAACCAUGAAAAAGGAAAAGAAAUACAAUUAUUAAAUUAACUACAUGAGUAAGAAAUAUCAAAAUUGAAGACUAUUUUACAUGAAAAGAUUACUAUUUUAGAAUAUGAAGUAAAUUUAUACUCAUAUUUAGUAUCGAAAUAAAUGUUAAGAAUUCAAUAAAUUAGAAAAAAAAUACAACCAAUUAAUUCAAGAUUAUGAAGAAUUAGAAAAUAAAGAAAAGUAUGAAUAUAUUUUAAUAUAUUAUAGAAAAUGUUAUAAAUGCAAUGACUUUUAACUAUAAAUUACUUAAAUUUAAAAAUAGAAUGAAAUUUAGAAAGAAGGGUUGGCUAGAGAAUUUUCAGAAGCAUUAAGCAAUUAAAAAUCAAUAUUGGAAUAUGUAAUAAAUAUAGAUAUAUUAUAAGGAUUAUAAUUGUGUUAAAUUAAAACUUAAAUAAGUUACCUUUGAAUUAGAUUAAGAAUUGAAAGAAAAAGAAAAGUUAUAAAAAAAUAUCUAAGAAUUAUGUUAAUCACAUGAAUAAGCAGUAAUUCUUAAAAAUAAAUUAGUAAAGAAGCUUAUUAUAAUAAAUUGCAGAUCUCAAUAGAGUACAUAAUGAAACUAUCAUACAAAAUAAUUAAUAUUAAAUAUCUACUUAAACAAGAGAAUAAUCAUAAUCAUCAAAAAUAUGUUAAUUGGAAUAGGAUAAAAUAAUAUUAGAAAAAAAUAUAUAAGAAUAUAAGUAAUCAUUAAUUAUAUCAUAUUAAGGGAUUAAAUUUUUAAAUUGGAAAAUCAACUUAAAUAAUUAGAUUUAUCAUUAAAAGAAAAAGAAAAUAAAUUAAUUGAAUAAAAAUUUGAAUUAUCAAAAAAAUUAACAAAUGAAAAGAAAAUUGCUGAACAAUGUUAAGCAGUAGCUUUGAAAUUAAAAAAUGAUUUUUAAAGAAAAUAAUCAAUACUUAUUGAAGAAUCAUUAAAAAAAGAAUAAUAAUUAAAAUCAGUUUAAACUUAAUUAACAAGAUAAAAAAGCAAAAAUAAAUAUUAUGAAAAUGCUCUUAGUUAAGUUAAUUUAUUGGAAAUUAAAAAUUCAACUCCUAAAUAAAUUAAACAUAAAAAAAACAAUUUCUCGAAUGAUUUUCAUAAUUCACAUUAACCUGGACAUACUAAAGUAUUUUUAAUUUUAUUUUUAGAAUGCUCUAAGUUAAGGUCAUGUCAAUAAAAUUAAAAUAUUGCCAUCCUCAAUAUAAAAAAGUGAAGCUGAUUCUAUUCAUUUUAAUUUAACUGAUAUGUUAAAUUCUACAAGAAAUCCAGAUCAAUAAAAUCUAUCAUGUAGAUAAUCAAAUGAAGAUAUAGGAUCUCAUAUAGAAUAAUUCAAUUGUCCUGCAAAAUUUGUACUUAUUUUAUUAUUAUUAUUAGGUUUAAACUAAUGAAGAUUCAGUUAUACCAAUUUAGUAAUUGACAGAUAGAUAAUUAUCCCCAAGAACCAGAAGUAUUUUCUUAUUAAUAUCAAUAGUUUAAACAGUUAAUCCGAAAGGACCACCUUAAAGAAUAAGAUAAAUUCAUGCUGAUUUAUACAAAGAAAAUCUAGUUGUAAGACCUAAAGCAUGA